AUGAAUUAAAAAAAUCAAUAAGAUAAGUAGGAUGAUGCUUUAUUAGAAAAGUAAAGAAUCUAAUAGGAAGAACAAGAUAAAAUAGAAAAACAAAAGUUAAUAGAUGGACAGCUGUCUACAAAAGAGACAACCUGCUACUGCGCUUAAUUGGUGAUUACUAUCAUUCUCGUUGUGGCUCUGUUUUAAGAUCAUAGAAUUCAAGACGGAUAUUAAAUAGUAGAAGGCCUGGACGACUUUAUAGGGAUUUCGAAUUUGACUGAACAAUCCUUGAUGAGUUUUAAUAGUCUUUUUACUAACAAAAUAUCAGUAGCAAUAAAAAACAUUUACAAUUCUAAAAAUAAGAAUCUUACUCUAACAUACAACCCUCAAUAGCAUAAUACCUUACAAAGUAUCUUAGAUGCCUAGCCUAAUUAUCAGGAAUCUUAAUAUAGAAUUUAAUUCCUGAGAACUUUCAAUUUGUUUUUAGGUAUGAGGAUCAGAAUAGACUUGCGUACAAUUGAUGAUAAUGAGUUCGUUUCAAAUUUCUUCUAGGUUUUAUCUUAAAAUCAAAUUUUAUUGAUUGAACCAGGAGGUUAUUAAGAUUAAGCAGCAAAAUUAUAAAUUAUUUUGUAGAGCAAUCAAGAUAAUUUAAUAUAAACUGAUAACUAUAUAGAUAUGUUUUUUACAAGUGAAUUAGAUGUUGGAGUUGUUAACAAUUUACUAGAGUUUAUAUAAAUAUAACUGAGUGACAUUAAAACAUACUAAGUUACUAUAGAUGUCUUUUCUGUCAACUUAAUUAGAUAAAUGAUUGUUUAACAAACAAGAGUUUUCACUGAAAGCGAUUAAGGAGCUCUAAAUUAUUAUUAACAAGAUUAAGUAGCUAUUUUCCUAAAUAUUAAAGGCAAUACUAGUCCUGCAAAUACUCUAUAUGCCUCUUAUCUGAUUAAAAUCUUUUACUUAUGCUGUGUUUCACUAUAGAUUUUAAUAUCUUUUGUCCUUAAAGUAUUAGGUAUGAUUGUAAACUUUAUUACAACAAAAAUCUUCAUUUUCGAUAAAUUCCUCAUUAUCAAUUUAAUCCUUUAGUCAGUUGUUGUGAGCUAUUUGUCUACUUGGCUACAACUUUUCUCAACUUAUAACUCCUUAAAUUAAAGCACUUUUCAAAGCUUUUCUGAUUUUGACCACUAUGCUAAUUACAUGAGUGCUUACAAUGGUGAUAGAUUUUUUAGUAUUAUAGUUUUAACUAUAUAGACUAUCGCUCUUGUAUAGCUAAUUAACUAAAAGAUACCUUCUUUUAAUAUUAUUUACUACUCUCUUUUGAAUUCAAGUAGAGAUCUCUUUUUACUCAUGAUAUUCAUUGUUAUUAUGCUUGUAGCUUUUUCAGUAGUUGGAACUAUUAUAUUCAGUGCUACUUAAAUCAGUUUUUAUAGUGAGAUCACUGGAACUCUUUUUGAGCUUUUCAAAUUUAUAUUCUAAUAUGGUGUUCUUGAAGAAUUGGUAAAUAUCAAUACCGGAACUGGUAUAGUAUUUGGAUUAAUCUUCAUAUUGUUUUUCAACUUUAUAUUAAUUCCAUACCUAUACUCAGUAAUUAUUGUAAAUUACAACUCUAUAAGAGAAGCUAUGUCUAUUACUACUGAAGCAAUAACGGCGAUAGAGUCAGAAAAGCAGUUCUAAUUCUUAAUAAAGAUUUUUAAUUUGAUAACGUUUGCCUCACCUUAGUAAGUAAUGCAGUAAAAGUAGAAAGAUGAAGAGAAAAAAAAAUAAAUUAAAGAGAAAGACAAAUAAAGUUUGGAAAAUCUGAGUGUGCAUGAUAAGCAAAGUCCAGAUAAAAGAAUAAAAGGAGGAUUUCAGUCUCAUAUAGAUCCUAAUUACAGCUAUUCGGUAAAUUCUCCAAGAAAAAAUCGCUUAGGUAAUGAAACUCCUGUCACUCCAGAAAAAGCUAAAAGUUCAUUUUAGAAAAAUACCAGCAUGAGAGGAUCUCAGAUUUUUGAUGACGCACACUCCAGUACAAGCAGAAAAAAUUCUAGAAGCUAAACAAUGAUAAAUUUUGGAAAAAAAAAUAAUUAGAUUCAAGUGCAUGGCAAUAGCUAAGAAUAUGGAAAUACUUAAUAGGGGCCAGAAGUUAAAAUGAAGUGGAAGUAGUAGCUAUAAUUCAACUUUAAAUAACUUGGUUUGAACUUUUAUGGAUUCAUUCCUGCUAAGGUAGAAGUAUAGACAAGAUAAUAGAGACAAGAUGAAAUUGUCUAAAAAAUUGAAUAGUUGAAAUUUGAGAAAAAGAAAGAAAAGAUAAGUAUUCAGAAAAAGAGAGCCAAAACUGCCAGAGAAAAUAUAAAGCUUACUAUUAUCCAUAUUUAUUUUUUAAUAGUGCUGAUAUUUAUGGGAUCUGAAUAACUACUCUAUGAUUAGUGCUACAAAAUCAACAAAGCUAUUGAUAAUUACUAUAGAAACACCCAAAUAACUGUAUUACAGGGUCUUGUUUCAUAACAGAUAACAUUUGACACAGUCUCUGAAAUCAAUCAUCUUUAUGCGUGGAUUGAAUAUGUAUUUUUGCCUCCUCUUACCCCUUAAUUUUCUACUAACUCUUAUUCUGAUAGAAUUGAUCAGUAUAAUUUGAUUUUUGCAGAAUUUCCAGCUCGUAUGACUAUUAGAAGAACAGUUAUGCACUAAAACUCAGACUUCUAAUUUUAUAAUACCACAAGCAACAAAAUGAAUGACCUACCUCUUUAUAUCUAAACUGCUGGAGACAUGAGUCCUAGUUCAGGCUACUCAGAUGAAUAUCAGUAAGAUUUUUAUGGUCCAAUUACUUUAAAUGAGUAUUAUUACAUUCGUCCUGGACCUAAAACAACUCCAUACUAAGAAGGUGGUUUUGUUUAAUAUUUUACAACAAAAUAAACUUAGAAUUACCUUUACUUACUGACCAUCUACAGAGAUUAAAUUAUAAACCAUGAUACAGGUACAGUUGUUUUAGAAUGUAUAUUCUAUAAUAAGUUUGAUGAUCUUUACUCAUAUGCAAUUAUAAAUUUUGAUAUAACAACGAGUGGAUACAUUAACAAGAAAAUUAGUGUUAAUAGCUUCAUUGUAGAUUUAUAUUCAAGUGACAGGCUAACAAGGAUUGUAUGGGAAGUACUGUUUUUCAUUUAAAUUUUGAUUUACUUCUUAUAGUUUAAGAGGGAUUUCUCAGCAAUAUUCAUGAAUGAAGAGAUGAAGGCUUUAACUCCUUUAGAUCCUGAACUAGAAAAAAAGAAUUAUGUGUUAUAUUUGCUAAACUAUCAUAUUGAAGAAGGAGAGUAUUCUUUAGUUGGAUUGGUAAAGUAGUUCUUGACAAGAACUCUUAAAUUAGCUCAAAGAAUUUUAAUGUCGCUUUAGAUUUAUUGUUAGUAAACAACAGCUAAUAUCUUUUUAAUCCUUGGACAAAUAUUGGCCUUAAUUGUAAUCAUUUUCUAUCUAACAUAUGCAUGUAAUACAGACAGAAUAAAUUUUGAUAGAAAUAAAUCAGCAAACUCUUAUUAGCUAAUUGGCUAAUUCUCAGACUUCGCCAGCUAAAUGGGCAAGUAUAGUGCUGUCAUGAGUAUACUGAUGUUUGUGCAAUUCAUGCGUAUUUUGUUUUAUUUUGGUUUCUCAGGUAAAUUAGCGUUAGUUCUGGAUGUUAUUUCUAACGCUAAUCUUGAUGUGUUCUUUUUCUUAAUUAUCUUUUUUAUUCUCCUCUCUGCAUUUGGAUUGAUCAGUAUUGUCUUGUUUGGAAGUGAAAUUUCAUAAUUUUAAGACUUCCCUAAUUGUAUAAUAGAAUUACUAUCAUGGCUGUCUGGUGUUUAAUCUUUUCCCUCUGAAAACUUUUCUGCUUCAGCCACUGAAUACAUCUUUUAUAUUAUUUUCUUAAUUAUUAUGUAGCUAAUUCUAUUGAGAAUGUUUAUUGCUAUUUUGGAUGGAUACUUUAUUCAAAAAAUAAGUGACAAAGACGAUUAAACCAAGGGUAUCAUAGACUUAUUGCUUGACUUACUACAUACCUAUUAUGAAUAAAUUAGAAAUAACUCUUAAGAAAAAUAGUAAGAUGAAGUAGAAGAGUAGGAAAAAACAAAUAAAGGUAUAGCUUUUAUUAAGAAAGCAAAGGAUUGUCUAUGGAGGUAUUUUAAUAAAGGUCUUCUAUUUUUCUUGCAAAUUUAUUUCAGCGAUGAAGAGACAGAAAAGUUAGAAAAGAGGAUUGGUCUUUAAACAUAACAAGAAGAAGCAAUAAAGCUUGAAAUAAAUUUCUAAGAAAAUGAUGAAAGUGAAUAGAACAUUUCAUAAUAAACUAUAAAUGAUAAGCUAUUAGAUUUAUAAACCUAUAUGAAAGAAAAACACAAUGACAAAGACACUUAAAAAGACAUACUAGAUAAAAAAGAUAAAAGUAGUAUAAAUUUCUGGAUGAUGUUGCUUUCUGAUUCUUUGCAAACGACUACAAAUAAAUAGCUAAAUUUUACUGAAUAUGAUAAGAAAGGAAACAUUCUUUAUCUUAAUGAAUAUAGAUAAAUUGAAUACAAAAUGGAAAACUAUUAAAAUGGUGUUCAGACCAUAAUUAAUUUACCUGAUGAUGAAGAAAAUAUUAUGUAAUCCCCAGGUAAAAAUGUAAAAGAUAACACUACAAAAUUUUCAAGUAAAAUUUCAAGAGUACAGACAAAUAUGAUAGGAAAUUAAGCUAGGAAAUCAGUUUUAAUUUUAGAUGAAAAUGAAAAGCCAUUAAUAAAAUAUGGGAAAAAGUAAAUAAAAAAAGAUAUUGAGUAAAUGAAAAAGAGAAAUAGAAAUAUCCAUAUUGAGUAUAACUAAGAAUGGAGAAGCUUAUUUGACAGCAAAAUUAUGAAUGAAAUUAUAGAAUCUCUAUCAGGUAAAGUCUACCUUUAUGAAGUCAAGAAUAAAAAAAAUAAAUUGUUUGUAGAAGAGAUUAGUAAUUUAAUAGAAACUUGGAACUUUGAUGGAUUGUUAAAUAGUAUUUAUAGAACUGCAGAAUACAUUAUCCUUUCUAAAAGUAAAAAGAAGAAUGAAUUUAAAUUAAUAAGCCAUUUAUUCUAUUGCCUUUUAUACUUCUUCUACAAUUUGAAAUGCGUGUAAUUUGAUUAAGAGAAAAAUUAAAAGAUUAACAUUAAUAAAAUUAUUGAUUUUGAUCCUUUUGAUGAUGAUAAAGAAAUAUAAGAAGCUCAAUUUAAUUUAUCUGCUAGAGAUGUAAGCACUUACUUAAAUAAUGUUGAUUAACAGUAAGAUUAUGGUAUCACAUAUCAAAACAUCUAGAACACUCCAUAAAACUAGAAUAUGUCAUUUGAAAUGAUAAAUAUUUAAAAAGAACAGAAACCAGCUCAUAUAUCUAAUCCUUAGACAAGCUAAUUAAAGAAAAGAGAAGGCAAAGUUGGUGUUAUCAUGAGUUUAAAUGAUGCUAAUAGCAAGCAUAAAUUACCAUAAAAAACACAAAAAGCCCUAAGCUAAAUAGAAUUGCUUAAAGUUUUUAAAAGAUGUGAACUUCUUUUUAGUUUAUGGAAACAGACAUCACUAUCUGAUAAGGUUCAUUUAUGGUUUGGUAGUGACUUUAUUAAUCCUUAUCUCCCACAUUACUUAAAAUCAAUCUUAUGGCACAACUCUAACUUCUUGAAAGAAACUUUUUAUCCAUUUCAAAAGCAAUGUGAUUUCGACCUAGAUAAAUUUAUCUAAGGACCAGAAGUUUCGAGUUAUGAAAUACAAAACUUAUGGUUGUAUUUUGAUAAUUAUGUGCCUCCUCAAGCUCAAGGAGUUGUCAAUGACGAAGAAAAAAAGGAAAAGUAGUAAAAUAAUUAAAAAAACGCUUCAGGUGAGGCUAAUUAAAAAGACAACAUAAAUCAGGAAAUUAAACCUUUAAUUGAUCUUAAAAAGAAACUGUAAAUGGAAGAAAAUGGAGAUUUGGAUACCUUCUAAAUUAAUGAAAUAAAAGAAAUGCAUUUGUUAUUCAUUCAAAUGUUUGUUCGUGAUGAAACUGAUCGUGUAGGAGUACUAUAUAAAAAGGAUACUAUGCAAGAGAAAUAUAACUUCCUAAAGAGUUAUAAAAAAGUAAAGAAUGAUCACAAAAUGGUGAUUUUCCAUUUAAUGACUCUCGAAGAAAAAAUGAGAUUAACAUUUUUAAACAUGGAUGAUGUAGUUUCUAAAUUCGAAUUUUUAAUGAUCAUUGAAGAAAGCUACGAGAGUGUCAUGAAUAUAAUUAAACUCGAUAAAGAUUUAAAUGAUGAAAUGCGUUAAUGGAUAUUUGAUUUUUACUAUAAUUUUGCUCAAUAUAAUAGUUACCAUACUGCGUACAAGGUAAAAAAGCAAUUUUAGGCCUAUACAGAAAAAUCAGAAGAUGUCUUCUAGUACAUAAGAGACUUAGAGAGAACAAUUAUUAGGUUAGAUUAGCUUAUUGAAGAUAAUAUUAAAAUUUUAAAAUAAUACAUUUGA